AUGGGGAGGGGCGGGUGUUUCAGAGAUGCCGCAAGAUCAAGUGCAUUCUCCGAGUUUGUGGACAAGACAGUCGAUCUGUUAAGUACCUGUCCCAUCAAGACUCUCUCCGUGAAUGGCCGCUACGAAAAGUCUCGUGUUGACGAUUGGAUUCGCGUCGCGUUACAACCCAGCUUAUCGGAACUACACUUGCGGUGUCCUCAUCGGAUAGACAAAGAUAGAGCAGAGUUGUUGUUUCGGUCCAAAACAUUGGUUAAGCGUACACUAUCCGGUGGAUGCGUUAUCGAAGCCCUCCCUGAUGGACACAUGGACUUUACUGAUCAACUUUUUAUGGAUGAGAAAAUAAACGAAGAUAGGUUUUUCCCAUCGCUCAAAUCGCUUUAUAUCGGCGAUAUCGUGAUAGAGGAGUCCUAUUACCACAAGCUCAUCCUUAUGUGCCCCGUUCUGGAAGAAUUGUUCAUACAUAACGAUGGCGAAUCACACCCGCCGAGUUGGAUUGGAUUUGCGCCAUGUCGUACUUUGAAGCGACUUGUGAUUUAUUACGUCGUUCCACCCGAGUAUAAAGAUGUUUACGAUGAUCAAGAAGCGCUUCAUUUCGGCUGCAAAUUGAUCUUCACAUUCGACAACCUCGUUACUUUAUCACUCGAGAGCGACAAGGAUAAAAGCUGGCAAGUUCUGCCACGUCUGCUCAGAAAGACCCCAAAGCUACAAAAUUUAGUCAUCAAGGGUCUCUUGCAUCGAGUAACAGGUAGAUGUGGAGAUGUGUGCCCUUGCUAUCAUCGUCCCAAACGUAAGGGAGUGAUUGAUUGGCGAACAGAGAAAGUGUCUUGUUUACCGUAUCUUCCACUGAAGGUGCUAGAGAUCUCAGGAUACGUACGGAGGAACUUGUAG